AUGAAUACCGCUACGACCGCCUCAACCGCAACGCUCUCAGCUCAACCCACAUCACUGAGUAGCUUCACGACCGGUUCAACCGCCACUGUGUCACUUCAGCACUCAUCAAUGUCCACUUCCAUAACGGGCUCAACAGCCACAAUGUCAUCUCAACCAACAUCAAUGAACAGUUCUGUGACGGCUUCAUCAGCAACAAUCUCAGCUCAAUCCACAUCAGUGACCAUUUCUGUGACCGGUCCAACCGUCACAGCAUCACCGCAGCAUACAUCAAUCAGUAGUACAACGAUCGGUUCAACAGGAACAAUGUCACCACAAACAACAUCUAUGAGCAGUUCUAUUACCGGUUCAAGUACAACAAUGUCGCCGCAACAAACAUCGGCCGGCAGUUCGAUGAUGGCUUCAACAGCAACAAUGUCACUUCAGCCAACAUCAAUGGGCAGUUCAAUGAUCAGUUCUACCGAGACAAUGUCAUCACAAUCAGCAUCAAUCAGCAGUUCAAUUAUGCCUUUACCAGCAACAAUGCCGCCACAACAAACAUCAACGAGCAGUUCAAUAAUGGCUUCCACACCAACAACGUCACCGCAACAAACAUCGAUGAGCACUUCUAUGUCGGGUUCCACCACCACAAUGUCACUUCAACCAACAGCAGUCAGCAGCUCUAUGACUGUAUCCACAACAACAAUGUCACCGCAACAAACAUCGGUGAGCAGUUCAGUGAUAAGUUCUGCCGGCACAAUGUCAACUCAACCAACAUCCAUGAGCACUUCAGCAAUGGGAUCCACAGCAAUAAUGUCGCCUCCACCAACAACAGUGAGUAGUUCAAUGACCGGUUCAACAGGGUCAAUGCCAUCACAGGCAACAUCCGUGACCAGUCCUAACACAGCUUCCACAGCAGCACCGUCGCUUCAACGAACAUCAAUGAGUAGCUCAAUGACGGCACCAACAAUAACAAUGUCACUCCAGUCCACAACAACGAGCAGUUCUGCAACCGGUUCGGCGCCAACAGUAUCUGCUCAACAAACAUCAACGCCACAAACUUCAGUAAGCAGCUUAAUAACACCGUCAUCAGCAGCAAUGUCAUGGGUACUAAAUUCAGUGAGCAGUUCAGGAAUGCCUUCGUCAGCCACAAUGUCAUCGGUACAAAGUUCCAUGACGAACACAGGAAAUCCGUCAGCAAUCACAAUGUCACCGCCACAAACUUCAGCGACUAGUUCAAUAAUGCCCGCUUCAUCUACAAUAUCAUCGCAGCAAACUACCGUGACAGGCUCAGUAAUACCGUCAACGACCACUAUGUCACUCCCACAAACCUCAUGA